GCUUUGCAAGACGCUGUUAUUUUAUAGUUUAUUCUGUAAAGACAAAUACAUUUUUCCAUGGCUUUCAACAGAUGGACACCCUUUUCCUGUAAUCCACCAUGUUUUAAGGGUUUACUGUUUCACCCAAUGCCUGAAUCUUCUGAUGAUCUUUUCGAGCAUGUUGUCAUCUGCUUACGUGGGCCAUUCUACAGAAUUGGUGCAACUAAUUCUGCACCUGAGCCUCUCCAAGGUCUUUAUGAAUGAACUUUCUACAUUACAGUCAUACUGUAGAUACAGACAGGCACUUUUUCUUAAACCAACGAAACAAACCUUAACCAAGCCGUCACACAAACUAUGUAAACAAACCAUUAUAGGCUGGCUUAAGCUUUUUUCUCUUGCGAGGAAUGUAGACACAUGCACAUUUUCAACGGGAGGACAUUAAUAAGGAAUACGCCAUGAGGAGAGAUUGCAAAUAACUUGACCUCAUAGAAGAGGACCUCAUAGAGAGCAUGGCUAUAAUGAAGAAUCAAGAAAGAAAUCUGUGUGUCGUUCUGCCAAAUAACACACAAUUGAACAUCACUGUUGGGGUUAAGGGCAGAGGACAAGAUGUGAUCAACAAGCUGUCUGAUCUACUUGACAUCACAGAGCUUCACCUCUUUGGUCUGAGUGUGAUAAAGGACAAUCAACUUCUGUUUUUGGAUCUGGAACAAAAACUGUCCAUGUACCUCCCAAAAUCUUGGAGAAAGAAUACAUUAAAGCAUAAAGUGGUUAUCCAUCUGAGAGUGCAGUACUUUGUUGAAAAUGCCAAGCUAAUUCUAAAUGAUGAGGCCUGCAAGCUGUAUUACGCUGAGAUAAAGUCCCGAGUUUUGGGUUCUACGUGUUAUGAUCAUGAAGGAUUGUACUUCCAAUUGGCUGCAUAUGCCCUGCAGGCAGAACUGGGUGACUACAAACAGGGAAAUAUUGACCAACCACAGGAUUUUUUCCCUUUGUGGAUAAUACAGAGGCGUGGGAGAGACUUCAUCCUCGAGCACACACCAGCCUUGCACAGGGAAAUUACGGGAAUGUCCUCUAGCAAAGCUGCUCGGCUUUUCAUACAGAAUGCUUUUAUCCUGAACGACGUGCCCGUUACCAUCUACACGCUGUUCAAAGGCAAGAGGAAACAAGGUGGUGUUGUCCUCAGUCUGGCAUCAACAGGACUACAAAUAUCUGAGAUGCUGAAUGGAGAACAACAGUUUCUGUAUGAUUUGGCCUGGUCAAGCAUUCACUCAAUUACCUUCCAGGGCAGGAAGCUUGAAAUUUGUGAUGAUGCCUUGCAUGGAGGAAAGGUGGUGUUUUACAGUCUCUCUGUCCUCCACGCCAAACACCUGCUCCAACAUAUAAGCAACAAUCACAGACUGCAUCUUAACACAAAACGCAUGGCUAUUCAGUGCAAGGAAACAAACGAGACAGACACAUACAGAGAGAUGUAUGUGACAGAUGAUAUGAACAUCGAGGAGAGUGAUGAUGAGCUUCCACCAAUGAAAUUUCUCUUAGCCAAUGCAAAAAACAUUUUAAAAGACUCUGACAUCACAAUGAACUCUUAUGGAUUGGAAAUGAGUGUCGAUGAACCAGUGGAAAUGUUGGUGGAUGACCCUGAGGACGUCCUGCAUUUAUUCGAGCUGUUGGAGGGUGAAUCUGUGGAUGAUCCGUGCACCGUAUAUAACUUCCAUUGAAACAAGAUGUGGUGUGCAGCCACAAUCUGAUCUUUGUAGAUAUCAUCAAAACAAAUUUUAUCUUGUAACACUGUCAAAUCAACCAAAUGAUUGCUGUUUACUUUAAACUAUAGAGCACAGAUGGAAAUCAAGAUUUGGUUAAUGAUUGUUUGUUCAUAUAGGAAUGUCUGGCAAACAGCUAUUGUGAAAGUGUGCAUGUCACACCUCACUACCACACGGUAAAUACAGUAGUGAGUACAGAAGUCUUAAUAUGAAAAUGUACAAUAACCUUCUGUAGGAGUGUGUGAACAACCACGCGAAGCACAAAAGAAAUGUCACUGAAAAUAUUACAAUGUUUUUAUUUUGUAAUGUGCCUGUGUUUUCAAAUGUGUCCUUUGAACGACUAAUGUCGCACACCUGUGUGUUCCGGUUAGGUGCGUUGGAUAAAGAGACAAUGAUAG